CUCUAAUAAUAUUGUGUGCACCUGCUUGCACUGCCCAUAGCGGCAGGACCAACGCCCAGACGAGUGUUCGUGUCUGCCACGAUUGCGUUACUGGCUGCUUGAUAGCCCAUCAUAACCGAAUCUACCAACUUGCUUCUCAAUUAUCACUUUCAGCCACAUUGUAGAUUAAUUAGCCUGGUGCAAAGGCAUGCAACAGGCGAGUCAGCCCAUCAGCACGACAUUAACUUGCAGAAUCUAAAGGGAGCAGCAGCACCCUGCCCGAUAUGUAUUAGCUUAGUAGCGGCUUUCGGAUAGGAGCAGAAGGGCUUGAAGCUGCUGACGCCAGUCUGGAACACAGGAGAUGCUGUCUGUAUCUUUGCUUGCAGCUGUUUUGCAGCUGGUGCUGGUGCUAUUGAAGACAUACACCCCUGGCAGUCCUUACCGCUCCUGACCAGCCGGGGCAGCUGCCAUUCCCAAAUCACCACACCGCAGAAGCAUCGAUUGUGCUGGCAGCAGCAACAACACUGGUAGAGGCGAGCUGGCGAUAUAGCAGCAAGAUGUACGGCAGCAUCAGUGUUGACGACCACGACAGCUUGGCAUUCCCUGGUCGCAGAACUUCGAGCUGUAGUUGUGAAACGCAGACACCCUUCAACAACAACAACAACUCUGGCAGCAGCAACAGCAGCCCCGCUACUCUCAAAGCUAGCAGCAGCGGGAGUUGCUACUUGUACGGCACCAAAAGCAAGAGUAGAAGGAGUACCGCCUGCUGCAACAGCUGUGCCAGGUACGACCCACCCAACGAACCACUCAACCACCACCGACAGCAGCAGCGAGUCAGCAUUAACCUCCGCAACCGCCAUUGCUUCCGCUGCCACCGCCAUGACAACAACGACAACCAACCACAGCAGCAGCAGCACCAACAGCAGCAACAACGGCAGUGGCGAAACAAGCUCCCAAAAAGCCUCCACCGUCACCGCCCCCACCAGACCUCCACCCUCCUCGCCCUUCUCCUUCUCCUACUCCUAGGCGGCAACAACAGCCCUAACUGCAAUAGUAGCAAUAGAAAUAUCACUAGCAGCAGUAGCAGCAACCGCCAGCACCGCUCCCGUUGGCGGUGGAAGUACAGGGCCCUUUCCGUACGGGGCUUCCUGACCCUAGCAAGCGCCGAACACCAAAGUGUCUUCGGUCUCUCCACCCUCCGCUCCCUCUACCCGGACCACCCCUGGCACAUCCCGGUGGAGGCUUCCGACCUGCCCCGCGGACCCACUCGUACGGCACCCCCGCCUGUCGUACCGCCGUUCGUACAAGUGCGUACGGACGCGGAUCUAGAGCAGCUGUACGACGAAAAUCUGUACUUGGAUCUAGCUCCUUGGAAGCGGAGAUCUGAGGCUGCUGCUGCUUUUGCAAGCGCGAACGGUGCUGUCGGCAGAAACGAUGCUGCAAUAACGGCUGUCUCUAACCUCACUUUAGGUGAUGGAAGGGGCAGUAGUGGUGGUGGGAAAGGUGGUUUGCGGGUUUCGGAGCUCGUAGAGUGGGUGAGGCGGUUGCCGUACAAGGCAUCUCAGCGGUUGGUGGUUAUCAAGGGAGGUCGUGUGGGCCUUAUCAUGCAGAGGGGCGGCUCGCGGGUGCGCUGCGAGCGGCCGUGUGAUCCGGUGCUGGAGGAUCUGCUGAGGGACCUGCGCGCCUGGGUGUCCUCCGCGCCCUCCGAGUGGCCUGACGCCCUCUUCUUCCUGAACACGGCCGACACCAGCCUCUGCCACCCGCGACAACCGCCCACCCACCCGCAAGCAGCUCCGACACAGCAGCAGCAACAACAGCGAAUACAGCAACAACGAAGCAAUGCGAAGCGACAGGAGCAGCAAACCCAACCGACAAGAAUGCUACAUGCACGCCCGG